CUCGGGGCUGCGGCCGGGGCGCGCCCAUGCGCGGUGCACACAAAUCGGCGCAGAGGCCGGGGGGUGCGCAGGCGCGGUUGGGUGUAGCUCGGGGCUGCGGCCGGGGCGCGCCCAUGCGCGGUGCACACAAAUCGGCGCAGAGGCCGGGGCGCGCCCAUGCGCGAUUCCCACCUGUGCUGUCCUUGCAGAGGCUGAGUAACAGCAUGGAAGAGCAGCGGAGCCCCACAGAGCUGCCUGCAGCUGUGGACAGCAGGGUGCCCAGGAGCAGGCCUCAGAAUGAGCUUGUCACCUCCUAUGGGUACAAACUGCUGUGCCUCAGGAUCCAAGUGAGGAAGGUGGCCAAUGAGAGGGACCAGGCGAGGCUGGCCUUGGAGAAAGCGCAGAGACGCUGCCUGCAGCUUGGCAGGGAGUUGGACCAGCAGCACAUUGCUCUUGAGCACACCCAGAGCAAGCUCAAGGAUUUUCAGGCAGCAAUAGAAGCAAAAGACCUGCUGUUGCAGGAAGCACUCAGUCACCAAGUGAAGCUGGAGGCCGAUACAGAGAUCCUCCAGGGCAAAGGGGUCAGCUUGCAAGGGAGGCUGAAUCACAUGAUGAAGGAGAACACACAGUUGCAAAAUAGGGUCACAGAGAUGUCUGGGAAACUGGCAGCCUCUGAGGAGCUGGUGUUGAAGCUGCAGAAAGAGCUCAGCUGUGUGGUGAAGGACAAGCUGGGCCAGGAGGAGCCUCGCAGCCUGCAGCUCCAGAAGCAGAGUGAGUGCUUUGCAGAGCUUGUCCUGGAGUACGAGCGGCAGUGCCAGGUGCUGUGGGAGCAGAAUGGAGUGCUGCAAAGGGAGCUGGAGAGGCUGCUUCUCCAGCUACAGGAGAGCAAGGCUGAGAGGGAGCUGCCAGCAGCAGGUGUGUCCUCACCAGACUCCUCUUUGCCAGUCUGCAGCUCUGCCGGCCCUCUGCUUCCACCUUCUGCGUGCACAGAGGCAUCACUUGCAGUGGAGCAGCUGCAGGAACAGCUGCAGGACCUGAAGGUGCAGCUGGAAACCAAGGUCAAUUAUUACGAGGAGAAAGUUGAGUUAAUGAGGAGGAACUUCGAGAGAGAGAGGAAGGACAGCGAGGAAAGCUUCAAGGCUGAGCUGCAAAAGAUGCAAGACCAGAAAAGAGACCUGGAGGAAACAGUUGCAAAGUACUGGGCUGAAAUUGAUAGCCUGAAAGAGCAAAAGUGUGUGUGGGGCCUGCAGCUGGAGGAGAGGAAACACAAUUUGGGCAACGAGAAGGUGGAGGAGCAGGCAGAAGUGGCAGAGCUGAGAGCGUCGAUCGAGAAGAGCCAGGUGGAGGUCUCCCAUCUGAACAUCAGGAUGUGUCAGCUGGGCAGUGAAGCUGCUGGGCACGGGGCUGCCACUCACCCUGCCACUGCCCAGCUGCAGAGCCAGAAACCUGCAGAGCUUGAGUGGCUACAAAGAGCAGAGAUGGCCACAAAGCUGGAGCAGCACCAGCAGCAUGCAGCAUGUUGGAUGGAGGUGCAGCUGCUCCGACAGCAACUCAGGGCCUCAGAGGAGAAGCUGUGUGAAGCCAAAGCCAGCCUGAGCCUAGCCCAGACUCAGCAUGCUCUGCAGCUGCAGCAGGCUGAAGCCUGGAUCAGCAACAUGGUGCCAAAGAAACAGUUUGAGCUGCUACAGAGCAGCUUGAGAGAGGAACAGUGCAAGGUUCAGCACCUCCAGGAAGACCUCACCCUGCAGGUUCAGCAGACACACAGGCAGCUGCUCAGAACCCAGGCAGCUGUGGAGCAGGCAGAGGGACUGGAGCAGAGUUUGAGGAGUGUUGAAGCUGUGCUGGCAGAGAGAGUGGCUCAGCUCAAAGAUGCCCAGGCCCAGCUCUCCAGGAACAAACUGCUGAUUGAAGACCUCCACGAGGAGAACAGGGGGUUUGCAGUGGCCCUGCAGGCAGCUGAGCUGAAGCAGAAGAGCACCGAGGAGAAGAACCAGCUGUUGGAGGAGCAAGCCUCAGCUCUGAAGCAGCUCAUUGGAACAAUCACACCAGCAUCUCUGAGUGGGUGAUGGAGUACCUACCAUGGUAGCCCUGACCCUGGUCUCAUAGAAUCAUGGAAGGGUAGGGGUUGGAAUGGACCUCUGCCAAAGCAAGGUCAAGUCUGGAAGGGGAGGUGUGGCUGGGUUGGGAAAUCAGCCUUGUCCUGCCUGGUCUCACCAGGACUUGUUUCAGCGUGAGUGGAAAGCAGAAAAUGGAGGACAGAGACAGUCCUUUAAGGAACCUGCUCCUGUGGAUAGCUGAAUCUCCCCACUGCAAACACCAUCUCUGCUGCCUUGCUCAGUGGCAGAAUGUGCCACUGAGGUCAGGUGUGGCUCAGGGCAGUCAUCCCACCAGAGCUGUACUGCUGCAGAUGCUUUCUCUCUGUGGAGGGCUGCUGCUGGGGCCAUGCUGCUUCAGCAGGCAAACCAGGGCAGAAGGGCUUGCAGGUUGCCUUGCCUGGCUCACUACAAGCAAGAGAGCUGUGCUGUGGCAUUGACAUGUCCACCUCCUGCCAUCUCGGAUGCUCUUUCAGUAGCCUCCUUCAACUGUGGGUGAACUUUGAUUGCCUGCAGCUGCUCUUGGCCCUGGGAGACUCUUGCCUAAAAUCUAAACCAACCUGUUGCUGGAUGGUUUGCUCAGUGGUGAGCAGGACAGAGGGCAAAGCCACUUUUCAGCUUAAGCCUCCAAGUUGGUGACCUCUACUGAGCACUACUUCAAAGGGGACCAGGAUACAUAGAGAGUGAACUGUGUGGUCUUGCCUGCCUUAUUGGCCUUCACAUAUUGACAGUUGAGUACUGCUCUUGCAAAAUGAAGUCUGAAAGGCCACAGAGACAAGCGUUCAACUCAGCAACUACCACAUUGACUGAUCUGCCCAGAGCAUUGCCCUUGUGCAUUGCUGGCAUGGUGCCCCUGCCCUCCUCCGUGUGGAGCAGGGGGUGAUUACCUGGGGGCUGCCAGGGCAGAGGAAAUGGCUACAGGCUGUGAAGGAAGCCCCACAACCCAGAUUGUAGUGCUCACUCGCUUGGCAUCAUAAGCACCACUUAGAGGCCUCUGCUGGGAGACAAGGCUUCAUGUCUGCCCCUGGAAAGAAGCUUCUGCAACCUCAUCUGACAACUGGAAGAGCAGCACAACUGAGAUACCUCAAGAGCCAGUCACCUUGUGAGGUGAGUGUAGGUUGAGCCUAUCCUGUGUCAAAGGAACACAACAUGAACUCUUGAAAAAUACCAAAUUACAAGCUUGAA